AUGGCGGCUUCCAUGGCCGGCGUCUCACCUCUCCGGCCGCUCCUCUUCCUCCUCCUCGCCGCCUUCGCCUGCCACGCAGCCGAUGGGAGCAGCAGCCGGUACGGCCACGGCCACGCGCACGGCCUGGGCGUCAACUACGGCAGGGUGGCCGACGACAUCCCCUCUCCCCGCCGCUCCGUCCAGCUGCUCCUUGCGGCGGGGGCAGGCUCGGUCAAGAUCUACGACGCCAACGCGCCGGUCCUCCGGGCCCUCACCGGAACCGGCCUCACCGUCUCCAUCAUGGUGCCCAACGAGAUCAUCGUCGACCUCGCCGCCUCCUACGCCGCCGCCGACAAGUGGGUCGCCGACAACCUGCUCCCCUACCUGCCCAAGACCCGGAUCAAGUACCUGCUCGUCGGCAACGAGGUGCUCUCCGACACAUCCGCCGCCAACACCACCUGGCCCCGCAUCGUGCCGGCCAUGGAGAACCUCCACCGCAGCCUCCGGAGGCGCGGCGUCAGCCGCGUCAAGCUCAGCACCACGCUCGCCAUGGACGCGCUCGUCACGGGCGCCUUCCCGCGCCCGCCCUCCGCGGCCGCCUUCCGGCCCGACAUCGCCGAGGCCGUCAUGCGCCCGCUGCUGCGCUUCAUCGAGCGCACCAACUCCUACUACUUCGUCGACGCCUACCCCUACUUCGCCUGGGCGGGAAGCAACGGCACCGUCCCGCUCGACUACGCGCUCUUCCGCGGCGGCGACGGCGCCAUCCGGUACGUCGACCCCGGCACCGGACUAACCUACACCAACCUGCUCGACGAAAUGCUCGACGCGGUCGGCGCCGCCAUGUCCAAGCUGGGCCACGGGGGCGUCAGGCUCGCCAUCGCGGAGACCGGCUGGCCCAACGCCGGCGACUACGAGCAGAUCGGCGCCAGCGUCCGCAACGCCGCCACCUACAACAGGAACCUCGCCGCGCGGUUCGCCCGGAACCCCGGCACGCCGGCGCGGCCCGGCGCGAGGAUGCCGGUCUUCGUCUUCUCCCUCUACAACGAGGACCUCAAGCCCGGCCCGGGCACCGAGCGGCACUGGGGCAUCUACUACGCCAACGGCACGGCCGUGUACCCGAUCGACCUCGCCGGGCGCCGCCCGCUCUGGGCGUACCCGCCGUUGCCGGUGCCGGAGAACGACGCGCCGUACAAGGGCCCGAUCUGGUGCGUGCUGGCCGCGCACGCCGCCGAGAAGCUCAACGAGACGGCGGUGGGGGACGCGCUGACCUACGCGUGCGGGCAGGGGAACGGGACCUGCGACGCCAUCCAGCCCGGCGGCGCGUGCUUCCAGCCAAACACCGGGGCGGCGCACGCCAGCUACGCCUUCAACUCAUACUGGCAGCAGCUCAGGAAGACCGGAGCUACGUGCUACUUCAAUAACCUCGCCGAGCAGACCAUCAAGGACCCAAGCUACGGAUCCUGCAAGUUCCAAAGUUCAUUGGGAUGAUUGAUUACAAAGGGGAGAAGAGGACAACAGGGAGGGGGACUUCUGAUCCUGAUCACUCUAGUUUUAUCAAAACCUGACUGAGUGCAUUGCGCAGCAUGGAUGGCUUACUGAAACUUUCUGAUGUAACAAUGGUAAUAGCUUACGGUAUGUUUGACUUUGAUGUUCUGUUGUUUAGGUGUUCCUCCUGUCGUUGUUUCUGAAACAUUCACGUACAUCAUCUAUUGACAGAGAUGAAAUGAUAGCCACUGAUUUUAUAUGGCCUCUA